AUGCGUGGAUCACGUACUUCGGUGCAUAUUGGUCAAUUCUCAAACGAUCAUGCAAUGGGAUCACUUCGACUAAAACCAGAACAUCGAGCACGUUUUCACGCUCCACACAUACUGCUUUACAAUGCAUCAGCUCGUUUGUCCUACCAUUUUGAUCUGCAUGGAUCUAAUCUAUCUCUGGAUAGUGCUUGUUCAACAGGGCUUCAAGCCAUUCAUCUAGGCGUACAAGGAUUGCGUACAGGCGAAGCUGACAUGGCUGUUUGUGGCAGUGUUAAUACUGUUAUGACACCUGAGCAAAUAUACCAUUAUUCCAUGAUUGGUGCCUCUUCUACUGAUGGACGAAGUCGAGCGUUUAGUAUUGAUGCCAAUGGUUAUGCGAAAGGUGAAGGCUUAGGUCUCGUUCUUCUCAAACGAUUAAGCGAUGCUGAACGGGAUGGUGAUAAAAUUUACUGUAUACUGCACGAUGUCUUGAGCAAUCAUGAUGGUUCUGAAGGUAAAAACGGUUAUGUAGUACCGGCGGCCGCCGGACAAGCACGUCUCCUAGGCGAAAUUUAUGCUAGAACACAGUACGAUCGAAAUCGUAUCUUCUACGUUGAAGCGCAUGGAACAGGAACACAAGUAGGUGAUCCAACAGAAGCUAACACUAUUGGUGAAUUCUAUGAACGGUCACCUUUCGAUCCUCCAUUAUUAAUUGGAUCUAUUAAGAGCAAUAUCGGGCAUACAGAAGGAGCGGCUGGUAUUGCAUCUCUUAUUAAAACAAUAAUGUGUAUGAAACAUAGAGCAAUUCCACCAAACAUGCAUUUCAAAGCUUAUAAUCCAAAAAUUGAAGCAGGCCGAUUUAACAUGCAUGUAGUCCAGACAAUGACUGCAUUUCCUCCACUUAAUAUUGACGGUGAAAAUGAACAUCCAGUAGCUAUCGGCAUUAGUUCGUUUGGUAUUGGUGGCAAUAAUGCUCAUGCUAUUAUCGAAGAGUAUCAUCCAAAAGAGAUAUCGAUCAAUGGAAAUGGUCAUGCUGAAGAAGAACUGCUACAACAACAUGAUCUUUUUAUCUUUUCGACAAAGAGUAGUGAUUCACUUUACAAACAAGUAGUAUCAUUUAACGAAUGGUUAAAACAAAUAGAACCUCAAGAUGAUGAACAUUCUUUUCUUGCACGCGUCUCUCAACAAUUACUACUCAAACGUACUAUUAGUCAUGAGCACUUGGCCAUUUUUGUUUCAGCCAAUCGUGCUCAAUUGCAACAACAACUUGAUCUUUUUCUGCAAAAACAAUCAACACCAGGACUAUUAGUCACCAAACGUGUUUCAUCAAAUUGCCCUCGCAUAUGUUUUGUUUUUAGUGGUCAAGGUCCUCAAUGGUGGGCCAUGGGUCGAGAACUCUAUUUAUCUGAACCGAUUUUUCGCCAAUGGAUUCAACGAAUCAAUGAAGAAUUUAUAAAAAUCAAUGGUGGCGAAUUCAAUUUACUGAACGAAAUGAUUGAAAAGACGGAGAAAGAAUCACGUAUUAAUGACACUAAUAUCGCACAACCGGCUCUAUUUGCUGUUCAAGUAGGACUUGCAGCACUUCUCGUCUCGUGGCACAUCUUUCCCAGUGCAAUUGUAUCUCAUAGUGCAGGAGAACAAGCAGCCGUUUUUAUCUCUGGACGAGUUUCAUUGCAUGAAGCAGUUCGUAUUGUUUAUAAUCGAUCGCGUCUUCAACAUCGAAAUACUCGUCAAGGUGGUCGAAUGUUGGCUGUUGCUAUGAAUGAACAAGAAGUGCGAGAUUCAUUGCUCAAAGGAAUUGAACAUCUGAUAUCUGUUGCCGGUGUCAAUAGUCCACGCUCAGUAACACUUAGCGGUGAUGAAAAAAUUAUCGAUGAACUCGAGGGCAUUCUUACAGCAUUACAUCCGACAGUGUUCAAAGCUCGACUACGGAUCGAGAACGCAUUUCAUUCGCAUCAGAUGGAUCGCUUUGGUGUCAGAGAAGAGAUGCUGUCAACACUUGGCGAUAUUCGAGGUCUUCCUCUUGAAGAUACAGAAGAAAUGUUUGAUAUUCGUUGUGCACAAGCUUCACUUUAUUCACCUGUUACUGGAGGUCGAAUAGACGAUAAAACGCCUCUUGAUGCUCAUCAUUGGUGGUCAAAUAUUCGCCAAUGUGUUCGAUUUGGUGACGCUAUUCAGACAAUUAUUCAAGAUGGAGUCGUCAAUACUUUUCUUGAAUUAUCACCUCAUCCGGUUUUGGCCACAUCAAUACAUGAAUGCUGCGAGAAGACGUCCACCUUUCAACCACUCAUUUUGCCUACUCUCAAACGAAAGGAAGACGAGCAGAAAACACUGUUGACAAGCAUUGCACAACUCUCAUAUUCAUCCGAUGUCUGGAAAUACUUUCUUGCAUCUCGAUGUGUUCAACCAAGUAAAGAUGUGGAACAUUUAUUUGACAACUUUCCCUUAUAUGCAUUCAACUUAACUCCUUGUUGGUAUGAAUCAAAAGAAUCUGCAAUAGAGCGUCUCGCUUAUCGUCUACCUUUACAUCCAUUACUGGGUGUUCGUCAGUGGACUCAACACACAUCGGCAAUAUGGAAAAGUUUGAUCAAUCUCAAUCUACCUGAACAUGCCUAUUUAUCUCAACACAAAAUACAGGAUGCCAUCCUUCUUCCAGCUAGUGGAUAUCUUGAGAUGGCACUAGCCGCCUGUCGUCAACUAUUGCCAGUAGCUAAUAAUGACGAGGCGCCACCACCGAUCGCUUUUGAGCAGAUUGAAUUUAUCAAAGCUCUUGUUCUUAACGAACAUGAAUUGACUGAAGUUAUCAUACAAAUUGUGAUGCCAAUGCGGGAAUGGUUGAUUUACAGUCGACCAUGGUCAGCAGCUGGACCAGAUUGUCAACGAUCUUCUGGCAUGGCUUGUAAUGAUUUUAUUGAUUCUUUCGUUGAUCUUCAAACAUUGAAUGCAUAUUCUCUGCGUCAGUUUACUCUGCAUGCACGAGGUCGUAUUGAUAUUGGUCCUCAUUUGAACAUUUAUGCCUCGUCAGCCUAUCGAUUCAAUAAAGAAGAAACAGCAAACUGGUAUGAUCUGGAUGUUCCUAAUCUCUAUGCUCAUUUAUCCACAAGAGGAUAUCAAUACGGCCCAAACUUUAGAGUAGCAACUUCAGUUAAAACCACAAAUUCAGAUAUAACUGGCCGAGUUACUCCAGCUAAUAAUGAACAAAACGAUAUACAAUACUAUUUACAUCCACUUAUUAUUGACGGUUGUUUUCAUACAUUCUUGUCUAUUGUACCAGGAAUCGAAACAUUCGUUCCAGUUGCCAUUAACAAGAUGAUUGUUUAUGGAAGUACUUGUCAUUUGUCUCAAUUAAUGACGUAUGGAUCCUAUCAUUCAUUUCUUGCCGGUCUUUCGCAAGAGCGAGCUUAUACUUUGGAUCUUGCUAUAUUUAACAGUAAUGAUGAAAUGAUAGAAUCCAAUACAAAACCACUCGUCGUAUUUGAAAUGUUCAAAAUGCAACGCAUUCCUGGUCGUUGGACACUAUCGGAUAAGACCAUUUUCCAAAAGAUAAAUGAGAUUGUUCAUCUGCCAAAUGGAGAUUAUGAUAAUCAUGUACAGACAGUUUUAUCUGAAUUUUGUCUACAAAAGAAAUGGUCAAGUCUGUUUAAUCAUCUGACUAGGACAGUUGAUCUUUUACCAUCGUCCAACACCUUGAUGGAUGAGACAGAAAGACAAGAGAUCGACAUGAUGAAUAAUGACAAUGAUAAUAUCAAUAAUCAACUAGCAGAUUCAAUUGAGCCAUUGAAUGCAUUAGCUGGAAUGUAUGCUCUUCAAGCAUUACAACAUCUUGCUUCAUUAGAGAAUAUUCAACUGAUCGUUAAAGACAAAUUAUGUCGUCUUGUGCGAGAGGAUGAACCUCAUUUUAUCCAAUUAUUUGAAGCUGCUUUUUCACUUGUUCAUCAACAUGGACUAAUUGAUGAAUGUGGCAAUACCACUAUGCCAGUGACAAAUUAUUCGAUUCAGCUAAUUCAGCAAAAUCUUUUAAAUCGAUUUCCUCGUCUCAAAUCAUUCGUUACCCUAAUGAAUGCAGUCGGAUCUAAACUUGGUCAAAUACUCUUUGGUGGACGGGCUCAUGAAGAGUUAUUUACACAAAACAAGAAAACUGAAUUAGCUCUAGAAGAUGUGCAGAAUACUAUUUCAUUUUUAAAAACACAAUGUGUUUUUCAAGCACUCAUCAAUCAUAUGCAGAACACUCAUCCGAAUACGUUACGUAUUCUAUUAUUUGGAGUCGACGAAUCUCAUGAUAUUAUCUUUGUGGCCAGUGUACUUCAAACAAUAAGUGAUAUUGAUCACUCGCUUGAGUCUCUUCGUCGUCUUCUUGUGCCAGGCGGUCUUCUUCUCGUCGUAGAAUUAACAUUAACUCAUUCCUACUUCGAUCUUAUAUUUGGCUUAUUUCCUUAUUGGUGGCGUGAUAGUAACAGUCGUGCUAUAUUGACUAUUGAUCAAUGGAGACAAGCAUUUCAGUCAAUAGGUGGAUUUGAACCGAUGGUAGUAUCAGCAAAGGCGAAUGCAUUUGGAGAUUCACUCAUGAUUGUGCGUAAAUCAACAGCAAGAUCCAUUCUCAUUCACCUUUCCGAAUGGCAGGAUCAAGCCUGGCUCUUAUUUGCUGAUCGUACACACAAUCUAUCACAUGCACUUGUACCUCGUUUACCAAGUUCUAACAUUGAAAUUCUACCUGAUACUGUUACUACCGAUCAUAUUUCUUCAACGAUUGAUAUCAUGUUGAAACAAUAUAAACAAUUGCAUAUCAUAUUUGCUUGGCCACUCGAUGUAUUGCAACCUGGUCAGAAUAACAAUGAAACAACAUUUGGAUCGCAUAUAGAACAUUUAUGUUACAAACUUAUUUACAUUCUGCAAUCUAUUCAAAAAUAUUAUCGACAGAAUAACUCAUUCCCAUACGUUUUUAUUCUUACACAAAACUCUCAGCCAAUGGAAGGAAAGAAUGAAUUCACUCCUACAAUAGCACCACUCAUUGGACUUGCCCGUAGUUUAAGUGUCGAAUGUCCACGUCAUCACAUUAAACUCAUUGACUUACAACCAACAGCAGAUAUAUUUACAGAGUCAUCUUAUUCCGACAUUCUCAUACAGCAUAUGAUGAACUCACGAGAAGUCGAUAAUCUUGAUGAAGCUGUUCUUUCUCUAGAAGCAGACAGUCGUAUUCAAUGCUUUCAGUGGCAUUAUGAUCGGUUACAAUCAAAAGAACAGCAGGAAUUAUCAUCGAAAAUGGAAAGAACAAUCGUACCUAAAAACGACGCUGACAAGAAUCCAUUUCGGCUUCAAGUUGCACCAUCACGUUUUGUAGCUGAUCUUGCUUGGACAAGAGAUCUAAUACCAAUCAACAAUCUAUUACCUGGUCAAAUCCAAGUCCGCAUUCACUGCACUAGUCUCAAUUUCAGAGAUGUCUUGAAAAUACGUGGUCUGUACCCUCAUACACGAGUGUUUGGUCAACGAGAUUGUGAUCAACCUUUGGUUGAUCGUGAUACUACUCCUGGAACUGAUUUUAUGGGUACUGUUAUUCUUUCUCAUUCUAAGGAUCUGAAGAUUGGAGAUCGUGUCAUUGGCCUUUGGUCGUCAGGUACCUUCCAUUCCCAUAUUAUUCUUGAUACUUCAGUUGUCUCACGUGUGCCCGACGAAUGUUUAUUGUCGGAUGAACAAUUGGCUGCACUGCCUACUGCAUUUUUAACAGCAGUGCUCUCCUUAAAACAUCGUAUUAAACUUAAGCAUGGCCAGACCGUUCUCAUUCACGCUGCGACGGGUGCCACUGGUCAAGCUUGUAUUCAGUAUUGCCAAGCAGUUGGUGCUCGGGUUAUUGCCACUGCAGGUAGCGAUGCUAAGCGAUGUUUUCUACGAAAGCACUAUGGGAUUGAACACGUAUUCAAUAGUCGUGAUUUGUCGUUUGUCUCCGAGAUACGUUCUCGUUUUCCAAAUGGUGUUAAUGUCAUUGUUAAUUCUCUUUCGGGUCCACUUCUUCAAGAAUCAUUCAAACUACUUGCUCCCCAUGGUCAUUUUAUUGAACUCGGCAAGCGGGAUGUGUACGCGAGAACAAGUCUACCGAUUUUUAAUUUGCGACAAGAUUGUAAUUUUCAUGUCAUUGAUCUAGCAUUACACGCCAUUGAUGAACCGCACACCAUUCAUGAAAUGAUUGACGAUGUUUUGGACCAUUUUCAAAGAGGCCUAUUCAAACCAUUCGAACCUCUGACUAUUUUUGAGCCGUCUGAAAUAAUUGAUGCAUUUACACAGUGCAGUCUUGGUCUAUCGAUGGGAAAAAUGGUCGUUCGUAUGACGAAUUCUGAACAACCCAUUUUACUUAAAGAAAGUGAUAUGAACACAAAGAUCAGUGAAAAUUCAAGUGAAGAAUCUAUGUUUCCGUCUGUAGUAUGUGAGAGAGGAACGAUUCUUGUUUCGGGUGGAUUGGGUGGUCUGGGACUUACUAUGUCUCGUUGGAUGGUGGAAAAACGAGGUGUCAAGCACAUUGUUUUAAUGAGUCGUCGUACAAUUGAACAGUUUGAAAAAGUCGAAAAUAAUCCGCAAUUAGAAGAUUGGCUGCAACUCAAAGAAACAGCAGCUAAAUAUAAUACCUCAAUUGAUGUCGUUCAAGCAGAUGUUACUCAUUUUGUCGAUGUUUAUGAACUGAUUAAACGUCUUAAUCAAACAUCACAUCCAGUGCGUGGCAUUAUACAUAGUGCCGUCAUAUCCGAUGAUAAAUUGUUGACCAAUCUUAGCCAAGAGACACUCUUUCGUGUUAUGGAACCUAAAGUGCGCGGUGGUUGGAAUCUUCAUCAAGCGUCACAACAAAUCGGUGCAUCCUUGCAUUUCUUUGUCAUGUUCUCAUCAAUUCGCAAUCAUUUGAUUGAUCCUGGAUCAAGUAGUUACAAUGCAGGAAAUGAAUUUUUCGAGGCUCUAGCACAUUAUCGUCGUGAGCAACUGAAACUACCAGCUUUAUCGAUUGCUUUGCCAGCAGUGCAAGGAGCAGGCAUGUUCCAUCGACAACAAGCCAUCUUGAAUAAUUUACUUAUUGCUCAAGGGAUAGAAAUGUUGCCUACAGUACCUACCUUCGAAUUAGUCGAACGACUCUUUAUCAUGCAAACAAACUACUCAUCACCUGUCAUUUUUGCUGUCGACUGGAAACGACUCCAUGCUAAUAAAGCUAACUUGGCUAAUCGUCAGUUGGUACAAUUUAUUGAGCAGCAGGCUACUCAACAAGGUAUUUCUAAUGUACGAACAAAUGAUUCGGGUUCAUCAUCAAUAGCCAGAAUCGAAGUCAUUAUUGAACGAAUUCGAGAAACAGUCAUGCGUCUUCUAGGAGCGUCCAGCAUUGAUCGAAUAGAUAUAGAUCGCUCGUUGCUCUCGCUUGGUCUGGAUUCACUUGCAGCCGUUUCACUCUACAAUUGGCUCAGUCAAGAAUGGGGUGCUUUUAUUUCGCUAGCGGAAAUUUUUCAAGGUGUAAAAAUUUCAGAGAUAGCUAAUCGAGUGCAAAAAAAAAUGAUAGAACGACAAACAGCAUCAAGAGAAAUAGAAACUACGUUAUCAAAUGACAUGGAACAGAUGGAUGGAAGUGAAGACAACUUAACACUUUCUACAACCAAAAAGGCUGCAUCAUACAACGGCAUGGAAGGAGUUCUUAGAGUUUCUCUAAGUAUCACAUUACAAUUGACAUCAUAA